UAUGAAGCAGCGAAACUCGUGACAGGGGCUAUGAAAGGAACAAGCAAGCAUUGUCUCAUGAGAGAAGUAGGGUGGGAAAGUAUGUCAACUAGAAGGAAAAUUCACAAACUUACUUUAUAUUAUAAAAUUGUAAAUAAUUGUAGUCCCAGUUACUUAAGUGACUUACUUCCUUUUCAAGUUCGUCGGAGGACACAACAUAAAUUAAGAAAUUGUAUAGAUUACUCACUCUUCGCUUGUCAAACAGAACGGUUUAGGAAAGCCUUUUUUCCUUCCACGACAAUAUUAUGGAAUAAUCUGAGCAAUGAGAUACGUUCUACAGAUUCAAUUACACACUUUAAGAACAGUCUACUAAAUGUAUUUGACAUAUGUAAUCCUAAUCCUAUUUUAAAUUUUGCAAUUGAUAGGCAUUCUUCUAUUUUCCAUACUCGUUUGCGAUGAGGUGUAUGUGCACUAAACUUAUAUUUGUAUGGCAUAGGUUGUAAAAUGUCUCCAUCAUGCAGGUGUGGCUAUCACACUGAAUCUAUAAAACAUUAUUUUCUCUACUGUCCAAUAUUUGCUGCCCAAAGGUCUAAGCUGUUCUCCUCCGCUGCCGAGAAACUUCCCGAAGGGUGGUCAAGAUUGAAGGAUGAACAAAUUAUAGAAAUAUUUCUCUUUGGUUCUCAAAUGCUGUCGUUGGAACACAACACGGCAAUAUUUUCUUAUGUUCAGACUUAUAUUAAAGAAACAGCACGUUUUUAUUUCAAUAUUUCUUGACACCUAUCGUGUUAGUUUUCAAAUAUUAAAAACCGUGUGUGCGUGACAGUGUAUUUUUUAAUUUCUAACGAGUAAGCCCCCUAGAUGAGUGUGUACGCUCUUGGGGCAAACUCAAUUUUCCAAAAUAUGUUUAAAUAAAAAAAGUACUUGACAUUUUCCUAACUAAUUGUCCACACUUAUGGAAUCACCCUAGAGUCUUUGAUGGCUUAGUAAAAUCUGACCAUUUGGCUGUCGUGAUAACUCCACGGGUAGCUGUAAAACCGGAAAGAAAAACAGUUUAUUUUAGAGAUGCAAGAGACCAUCGAAAGUUUGCUAUGGUAAGAGAGUUGGAAGCACAAGACUGGAGCUGUAUUGAUGACUGUGAAGACGUGAACGAAUCAGUUAUGUUAUUAAAUCAUAUUAUCACUUCUGCAUUCAACAACAGUUUUCCAUUGAUUAAGAUAAAAUUAUCCACACGGGAUCCCCCAUACAUGUCUCCUCUGGUAAAACAUUUAUGUAAAAUACGCAAUAAAAGUGUGAGGAAUGGAGUUAACGAAGAUCUACAAAAAAAGAUAAAUAAGCUUAUCCGAGAAAAUAUGGUUAGUGAAGUUAAGAAGGAGAAUGGGAAAUAUGCAUCUGGUUCGAAGAAAUGGUGGGACACAGUUAAUAAAAUCACCGGUAGGAAGGCAAAUCAUACCAGUAUAAAUAUUGAUCCAAGUGUUAUAAAUAGUUAUUUCCAGACAAUAAACACUGAUGAUAAUUAUACAUAUCCUGAACUCGUUCCUAUACCCAAUGAGACUAGAGUACCAAAUGUUGAUAUACCCACUGUAAAAAGGUUUUUGGAAAAACAAAAGAAAACAUCAACAGGUCCUGAUGGCCUACUCUAUUGGGUAUGGAAAGACUUUGCAAAAUAUUUAGCCCCAGUGAUAACAAAGAUAUUUAACAUGUCAUUGGAACAGCAAUGCGUUCCCCUCCUAUGGAAAUUAGCCAAUCUUAAUCCAAUACCUAAGGAAAGCCCCCUUAUAGAAUGUACACAAUUAAGGCCUAUAUCUCUUACGAACGUAAUAAUGAGAUUGUUCGAAAGAAUAGUGUUUAAAAAAGAGAUCUCAUCAGAACUAAAACAAUUAAUAAAAUCUGACCAAUUCGCAUAUAAGGAAGGUACCAGCGCAACUGAUGCUCUUAUUAUGUGUCACCAUAAAUGGCUAAAUUGGCUGGAUGGUGAUGUUGAUCAUGUCAGGGUGAUUUCAUUCGAUCUCAAGAAAGCCUUUGAUUCCGUUUCUCACAACAUCAUUUGUAAGAAGCUAGAAAAAACCAACAUUAAUCCAUAUGUAAUAAAUUGGAUUAGAAAUUUUUUGACUGAUAGGAGACAAAGAGUAAUAGUAAACGGAAUAGGAACAAAUUAUGUAGACAUAAACAAAGGAGUACCGCAAGGCACAGUUCUUGGACCAUUUCUAUUUUCCUUAAUGAUAAAUGAUCUAACAGUCAAAGAUCCAAAUAACAACAUACUAGUCAAAUUUGCAGAUGAUAUGACUGUUAGUGCUCCAGUGAAAAAUAGUUAUGACUCCGCACUAACUGAGGUAGACAAUAUUGAAAAAUGGACGGAAACAAACAGAAUGUCAUUAAAUCUAGAUAAAACAUGGAAAAUGGUUGUAAGUGGCAAAUCAACAAAUCCUUUACCAGAACCAAUAACGGGUAUCGAACGCAAGACUUGGCUGAAACUAUUGGGAACUACACUGCAGAAUGAUCCAAAUUGUUGGGACCUUCAAGUUAAUAAUUUGAUAUCUAAAGCUAGCAGUCGAAUGCACAUUUUGAGAAUAUGCAGAUCGUAUGGUUACUCUAAAAAAAAAUUAACAAUUCUCUUCGACGCACUUAUUAUGUCUUUAUUUUCUUAUGGAAUCGAAGUAUGGGGUUCAGCACUUGAAAAGAAGUACCUGGAACGGAUUGAUAAAUUUCUUAGGCGAGCAUACAGAUAUGGAUACACAACAAAAAGUGUUCAGAUAAUUGAUGUGAUUAAAGAAAGAGACAUGAGUUUAUUUGAAAAAAUAUGUAGCAACCCAGACCACCCUUUAUACGAACUACUUCCUCCUAAAAGACAAAGACCGUUAAGAGAACGCGAACACGAUUUCAUAUUACCUAAGGUUAAAACAGAAAGAUUCAAACGGUCGUUUUUAAAUAGGUGUCUUUUUAAUAAUUUUAGCUAAAAUAAUUAACUUAGAUACAUAAUAAUAAUUUAGUCUUAGUCUUUUUAAGAAUUCUACCUAAGAAUAAUUAACUUAGAUACAUAAUAAUAAUUAAGUUUAUUUUUUUUUUUUUUUGGAACCUUGUAUAUGAGAAUUUUAAAUGUAAAGUCACACGUCUGUUGUGGCUAUGUUUAAUAAAGACUUAAUAAUAAUAAUAAUAAUAAUAAUAAUAAUUGCAAACCACCGCCUAUCAACAGUUCCAAUUUACCAAAGCAAAAUGAUAAUAAAGUUAUUUAUCCGAAACUAAAGGGAUUAAAUUUGCCCAUGUGAAUAUAACUAGCCUUCCAAAACAUUUAGACGAAUUAAAAUUAUUUCUCCAACAACUACCAUUUGAAAUAUUAAGUUUAAAUGAAACGAGAUUAGAUGAGACAAUUCAAAAUAAUAUGGUUCAGAUUCCAGGUUAUGAGAUAAUUAGACGAGAUAGGAAUAGAAGAGGCGGAGGGGUUGCUUUUCUUUUCAAAAAUAACUAUUCGUACACUCUAUGAGACGAUCUAAUUCCAAAAGAUCUUGAAGCAAUCUGUAUUGAAUUAACGCUACGUGUGAGUCGGCCAAUUUUGAUUUUGACUUGGUAUAGACCUCCUGAUUCGAAUGCAGAAGUAUUCGAUUUGUUUGAAGAAUUUCUGCAAAAGGCCGAGGCAGAACAUAAGGAAUUGAUUAUUCUAGGCGAUUUGAAUUGCGAUUUGUAUACAAAUACGGCAAGUUCAAGUACAAAAAAAUUAAUUGAAUUAUUGGAUGUUUAUCAGUUAAAACAACUCGUUAAGAAACCUACACGUGUAACAGCUAAAACAAGAACAUUGAUAGAUGUUAUUAUAACUCAAUUGGGAAAUACGAAUGUUACUGCUUCUGGAGUCAUACACCUUGGAAUUAGCGACCAUAGUCUGGUGUAUACUUGUCGCAAAAUUAGUACCCAAAGAGAAAAACCAAAAAUUAUUGAAACUAGGCAAUUUAAACAUUUUAACAGUCGAGCAUUUGAAAAUGAUUUAAAUCAAGCUUUUGCUGGUAAUGAUGUUUACCAUCUUGAUGACCCAAAUGAGAUUUGGAAUGUAUGGAAAACUAUAUUUCUCUCUUUAGCUAAUAAGCAUGCACCUCUAAGACAAAGGAAAGUUAGAAGUACUUAUAACCCUUGGAUAACUACGGAGAUUAAGUGCCUUAGUCACCGCAGAGAUUUCCUAAAAAAGAAAGCGGUCACGCAUGACUCAAUCUAUUAUUUUAAUGAGUAUAAACAAUGUAGGAACAAUUUGAAUAAAACAAUCAAGGAAACCAAAAGUAAUUAUUAUAAAAGUAAACUAAAUGCAUGCAAGGACCACAAAGAGAAUUGGAAAUUGAUAAACGAAUUGCUAAACAAUGCAUCAAAAACUACUAUAAUUAUGAAUUGGUAGUUGACGAAGGAAAAAUAGUAGGAGAUGAGAAUAUUGCAGAAGAAUGUAACAGCUUCUCCUCGCGCAUAGGUGCACGUUUAGCUAAAAAUAUAGACGCAAGUGAUGUCGAUCCACUGUCUUUCGUAACAGCUACACCACACAACUUCGAAUUUCAAACUAUAUCCCAUGAUAAAGUUAGGGAGGAAAUUAAGCAAAUGAAAACUGCUAAAUCAUCGGGCUAUGACAAAAUCUCUGUGAAACUAAUGCAGGCCGCUGGGGGUGCAAUUGUUGUGCCACUAACGUAUAUAUUUAACCAAUCUCUUAAGACUGGAAUUUUUCCAGAUGACUGGAAAAUUGCUAAAGUAACACCUAUCCACAAAUCAGAAGAAAAAACCCUAUGCGGUAAUUAUAGGCCGAUUUCUGUCAUUUCUAUAGUUCCCAAAGUAUUUGAGAAAGUUGUACACGAACAAUUAAUGAAAUAUUUGGAACACCACCAAAUAAUUUCCAAAUUUCAGUCUGGUUUUCAUGUAAAUCAUUUAACUGAAACAUCAUUACUACAUGUAACUAAUAGCUGGUUAGCAAACAUGGACGCUGGUUUGAUUAAUGGUGUCCUAUUUCUGGACCUCAAAAAGGCUUUUGACACGGUAAAUCAUGAAAUUCUAUUAUCCAAAUUGGGAUGUUAUGGGUUCGUGGAUUAG